CCCAGCAGCGUCCUGCCUGGCGGAGCUCGCAGCGGAGCAGAUGAACAGCUCCGUGUCUCUCGCGUCUAGAAAAAUGUGCGCAGGGUGAAGAAGGAGUAGCAGCUCUGUGUCUCUGUAGCCUCCACACACACACACACACAUACACCGCUGACACUUCUCUGCGGCAGCACUGCGAGCUUCACGAGGAGGACGGGCGAAACACACACUCAACCACUUUCUGCCGCUGAAUGCUGAUUUCUAGCGGAUAGUGCUCCUUUCGCUGGCGAGGCCAACCUGACUAAUCAUCCAAGGUGUCAAGACAGUACCUGUCAGAUGUCCUCUCUUCCCACAGUGUGAUGCGUCAUGGCUCCAGUGCUGAGUGGAGUGUGGUGGGGGCCGGAGGCGGGUGUCGUCGGGUCGGGGGCGGCAGCUGCUACUGGGGUGGCGUCUUGGCUGGGCAGUGGGCAGCUGGUCCUGGCCAUCAUCCUCAGCACCCUUACCGCCCUGCUGCUGGUCUCUGUGCUGCUGCUUCUAUGUGCUAGCUGCCAGGGUCAGAAGAAGGCAGCCAAUGGACACCCAGCAGGAGACCAUGAGAACCUCAUGAAUGGAGUGUCGGAGAAAGAGACAAUCAGCCAGUCAGCAGACAGUCCAGCGACUGAUGUGGCCGUCAGCACCUCUCACAAUGGUCCUCUAACCAGCGGUACAAUCCUCACAGACACACAGGACACCAGUCCACAGCCGUCAGAGGACAUGCUCUCCAGCCAAUCAGAGCUCAGGUCCUCCAAGUGUCCUCAGGACCGUGAGCUUCCCAGCAUUCCUCCCAACAACGCCCUUAUUGGGGACGGACCCCCAGCCUCAGGGGACAGCACCUAUGAGGUGGUGAAAGAGAUUGCUGUGGCUUCACGUGACGUCAGCGUCGAAGACUCCCUGUACGAGACGGUUAAGGAACUCAAAGACCCCCCAACGCAGCUCGGCCUCCCCAACGGUACCGUCCAGCUGAGCUCCGAUGAACCUCACCAUCAUCCCUCUGCCCAUCUCAACGGCCACCUUAGCCCCUCCACACCUGAGCGGGGGCCCCUGUGCACAGGGGUGGAGUACGCCUCCAUCGACCUGAAUAAGAAGAGCCGUCACAGCGCGGACAUGGAGGCCAAAAGGCGCUCUGAUAAUGCCAGCGUUCCCUCCCACAGGCCUCUGGAGGAGCCAGAGGAGGACUUGCCUCCACCGGUACCAGAGAAGGUUCUGGAUGAAAAUGACAACCAGCCUGUGGUGAUGAAUGGGCUGGCGGGGGCUGGGCUGCACAAUGGAGAGUUACACUCCCCUCUGUCUCCUGCACCAGGGUUCGACAACCACAUUCUGUCAGACAAUGAGUCAGCAGUGUACUCUACAGUCAACAAAACAAACUGUGAAGAUGCUGUGAAUGAGGAAGAUAAAGAGCACGACUACAGCAGCAUCGCAGAGAUCAAAGGUCUCGUCACAGCCUCUUCCUCGAGCGACCUCUACGCCACCGUCCGAGAUAUCUACACCCAGCCCGAUGAACCCAAACUGGGGGAAGACCCCAACUUGGAAAGCAUGGACCCCGGCUACGAAACCAUCCGCAUCCGAAAGACUAGUAGCUCGGAUGACGACCACAGGGCCGGGGUAGGAGCGGAGGGGUCAGAUGCUGGCAAGGCAGAACCCGACUACGAGAGCGUCGGAGAGUUGGGUCUGGGCCGUGAAACGUCCCGCCUCUAAGUUUUCCCCCCUCGUCAUCUUCAUCCGUGUCGGUUUGGGAGAAGCUUCCUCUCUGACGGCUUACAGACGUCCCUGUAGUGCUUUGAACCGCCUUCCAAGCAUGCAUUUGGUGCAUGACUUGGGUGGGGGAAUGGCUCACCACAGCAUCUAUCAUCAACGCAUGAGUGUCCUCUUUACAGCUUGGGUACGGUUUAUCAUAUCUGAACUUUUAAUUUAUCAACCAGGGUGAAUGUCAUUGGUACUGGUAGGCCUGCUAAAAAAAAUGAACUGUAGUACCUCAGUCAUUGGGCAUUAAUCAUUAAUCAUGGAGGAGUGCACUUUGGAUCAUCAUUAAAUUCCUCUUUUGUCUUUUUUGACAUGUUUUAACACUUGAAUGUGAAAAAGUUCAAAUAAAUAAACUAUCAAAUAAAUAUCAAAUCAGAGCACACGUGCAGAAUUUUAAGGUGUUAAGCCGAGGACACUUAUCAGUGCCUGUCAUAUAAAAAUUUUAAAAAAGACACCAAGAAUUCAGUGCCAUAUAAUCAUGAAAUUCAUGCACUUACUGUACACACGAAGGUAACAUUAUUUCCUCCACUUCUGCAGCUGCUUGUGACUUUCUAGCUCGCUCCAGAUGACUUUCAGUGUUUUAUUGUGUCAGAUGGUGAAUUUCUUGGCUGUUCUUUGUCUGGUUGGCAGCACCUCCACUGUGGAUUCUCUGCUUGAAAUUCCUGUGAAUGGGUUUUAGGCAUCGAAAGCAAAAGCCAGACUUAUCUGUGACCAAAUGCUUAGCAGAAAACAAACAUAGCAUUUAAUACAAACUGCAAACGCAAGGGUUGAACAUGUUACAGGACAGGAGAAAUUAAUCACCUAGAACCAAAAUGGAUACCAGAGAUGAGAGGAAAGGCUGGCGGUUUCACACGAGUUUGUGGUUUUCACAAUACAUUUCAAAAAGCAUUUUUAGAUGUUUUACAGUCCAUGUCAAGGUUUUUUGUGAGAUUCAUAUUUAUUUGAAGAUGCAUAUUGUUGUGUAAUUGUGAAAUGUUACAGAGUGUGUUUGUAAGAGAAGAGUAAAAUAGGGUUUUAUAGAAGUUUCUAGCAUUUUUAUUAAGAUACUAAAUGAAAGUGAUUUGUGAGAUGACAGUUUUAAAGGUACGCUUUCCCCUGGCUUUUUUUAUCCAUUGUUUUUAAAACACAUAGAUAUGACGAGACCUAUGAUGAGACCAUGUUUUUCUUUUUUCUUUUCUCAUUUGCACAGGGGUCAAAACAAAUAUAAAAGAUGUGUAAUGUACAAACUUGCAUUAUUAAUGCGACUCUGUAUUUUUUGGUUGGUUGUCAUGUAUUUUAAGCCUACUCCUGGUACAGUAUACAGUCUUCAGUUGGCAUCCUGGAUGAUUUUAAAGCACAAGGAUUGAUAUCAUGGUACUGCAUUUAAAUACAGCUUAUCAAAAGCAUCAUCACAGUCUAGUUAUAUCUGCACAAUUUGAACAUCGGAUGCUUUUGAAGUUAGUAGAAGCACUCUGAGAAAAACAUAUCUGUCUGCUUGUAGCUUGUACUGACGACAUGCCAACCAAGGCUUGUAUAUAGUUAGAGCACUAUUUUAACCAACUGUUACUUGCUGGAAGUUUUAUGUAAGCUUUUACUUAUUUGUACAAUGUCCAGAGUGGUAUCAUUUUAAACUAAGCCUGUUAAGAGCACUGAUGUAUGUCUGCAUUGUUUUAAGGAAAACUGAAACCCUGCUUUUCACCUUGUAUUGUUACUCAAAGCUGUCAAAUAGCUUUUGAGCUCUGAGUAGUAACCAAUCAAAUGUCGGAAAUAUGGUACAAUGUUUUGGUACAUGCAUUUUAAGAAACAGUAAGUGUGGUACUUUUAUUUAAAAAAAAAAAAAAAAAGAAUUAAUGUCUCAGUACUGUUGUUUGAUGUUUGUUUUCAGAUUAACAGGGCCAACGCUUUUUGCUGUAAAUAUCUCUUUUACCGCUACAGUAUCUCUUGUCUUUGCAGAAAAAGAAAAAAAAUGGUGUCAUUUGUUUCCACCCACAUCAAAAUAUUACAGCCUUACAGUAUCUCCAGCCUUAGUUCAUGUUUCAUUAGACAUGCAGGAGCUUGUUGCUGGUUCAGACAAACACAGCCAGCUCAAGCUGACUGGCAUUAGAUUCAUAAAUGGUAUCAUACAUUUGAAAUGCUGUUGAUUAUCCUAGCAAUGCUACUGUGAAAGAGGACUUUAAAUGUAUUCCACUCCCAGUAUUUUAAUAACAAAAAUGGGUAAAUUAAGCCCCCCGAAAAAUAAUAAUUUCUGCAUAGAGGUAAUUAUUAUUAUUAUUACACCAGAAAAGAUAAAAUACAAACCACUAUUCCUACCAACUGAUGUGCCUGUGUAUCAGGGUGGUGCCAUCAUUUAGAUAUAAUGGUGUUCACAGAAUGCUAUAAAUGACCUCUAAGGAAAUUAUCUGUCAAAGGGGGGCGUUUUAGUGCCAAAUCUAAUCAGGACAAUACACACACAGAUGCAGUUAAUAGAUACUUACCUAAAAUCACUUAUGCUAUCUAGCUGUCUGUCUUAGUCACACACACACACACACGCACACGCACACACACACACACACACCCCUUCAGGGAAUGGGGGUGUGGUACGGUUUUGGAGAUGCUCCCUCACUGCCUCUCCUUCAGCUGUGCUACUUCUGUAAUGAGACCAUUUGUUCCCCCUACAACCAGACAACUCCAUGGUGACACCUGCCUUUGAUCACAGGGCAAAGCCUGUUUUGGACUUUAUGGCCACAUCUGUCACUCCGCUCUGUCCGAUUUCCAUUCUCUGCAUGUAAAUAUUUUAUGACAUUAAUUGUUCUAUUAAAAUAUAUAUAUAAUAAA